UCGGCCCCCCAGCACAAGAUUGCACAGCCUUGGAAACCGUAGCCAUUUUGGCUCAAGCAUGGUUCAAGCAUGACGGCCCCAGAAGGUCCAGUGCUGGCUAUGGGGCGCUCGCCUGGCGGGAGGAUCGCGAUGUGGGACGAGGCGGGCCGCAACGCUGCCCGCGAGGACGACGAGGAUGCGCUGCUGGGCGCUCACGAGCCGUCCAGCCCCUCGACUGCACCGUCGUUCUUCUGGGGCCGCCGCGCAGAGAUAGCCGCCGCCUGCGUCUUCCUGUGCGGGAUCAGCGCCGGCUCGAGCCUCGUGGCGAGCAUGGACGUCACCCGGGCGCACCGCGAGCGGGACGACCUCCCGCGGCUGCGCCCCGAGGCGCCUGCCGAGCACGCCCACGUCCGCGGCCUGCUGCGGAGAGACCCGCGCGCCGAGGGCGCCGCCGCUCCCGACGGCCGGCCUGCCGCUGGCGCGGCGCGCGUGUGGCAGACCGCCCGGGACCUCGGCCGCUGGGAGCGGCAGGCGGACGUGCGCCUCGUGGGGCAGGGCUCCGAGUUCCAGGGCCCGGUCAUCGACAUCUCCGCAGAGCAGCAGCAGACGCUGCUGGGCUUCGGGGGCGCGUUCACCGAGGCCGCGGCAGAAACGUACCAGAAGCUGCCAGAGGAUCUGCGGAAGCAGGUGAUCAGGGACUAUUUCAGCGAAGAGGGCCUCGGCUACACCACGGGCCGCGUGCAUAUCAACAGCUGCGACUUCUCUGUGGACCACUACUCCUUCGACGACGUCGAGGACGACUUCGAGUUGAAGCACUUCGACGAGAACGUCACCCACGACGCGGAGGCCCUCCUGCCGUUCAUCUCGGCUGCCCAGGAGGUCCUCCAGCCGCUCGGCAGGAGUCUGCGGCUGCUGGCCACGCCCUGGAGCCCACCGGCCUGGAUGAAAAACAAUGGACAGAUGGACCACUCCACCAGGCCUUGCCUGCGGGACGGCGCCUCGGAGGCAUGGGCCAAUUACAUAUCCAAGUGGCUGUCGGCGUACAAGGCGCAGGGUGUGCCUGUGUGGGCCGUAUCCGUACAGAACGAACCCGAGAACGACGCCCGCUGGGAGGCGUGCUUGUGGACAGCCGAGGAGGAGGCCGCCUUCUUGGGAGAACAGCUGGGCCCAGCGCUCAACAGGUCACACCCCGAGGUGCUGAUCUUCGGGUAUGACCACAACAAGGACCACCUCGUCGAGUGGGCGGACGCGCUGGGCGACCACCCGACGGCGGCGGCGUACUUGGACGGCAUGGCCUUCCACUGGUAUUCGGGCGACAGCUUCGGCGCGGUCGCAGAGGUGCGGCAGAGGCGGCCUAAGCUGCUGCUCCUCGCCAGCGAGGCGACCUACGAGCAGUACCGGUGGCACGAAGACACGAACUUAGAGCAUGGCGACUGGAGCUUCGGGGAGGGGUACGCCCACGACAUCCUCGGGGACCUGAAUGCUGGUAGCAUCGGGUGGAUCGACUGGAACCUGCUCCUCGACCAGGACGGAGGCCCGAACCACUCGGACAACCCCUGCGACGCGGCGCUGAUGGCGGACACGCGCGAGAAGCGGGUCUACCGGCACCCCCAGUUCUACUUCAUCGGCCAUUUCUCCAAGUACUUGCUCCCUGGGUCGAAGCACCUGCGCACCCGCGUCAGCCCAGAGGUGACGUACCAGGGUGACGACGAGCGGGACUACGGCACGUGCUCCGGCGAGGACGGCCUGCAGGCCACCGCGGCACAGAGGCCGGACGGCCUGGUGGCGGCGGUGGUGCUCAACUGCGGAGACAACCCCGUGGGCUUCCAGCUGAGGCACCGCGGGCAGGCGCUCGUGUCCACCAUCCCACCGCACGCCAUCCAGACGUACCUGUUCGCGCCGGGGGGCUCGGAGCCCCAGGAGGCUAUGGGAUGAGCUGGCUCGCGCUCGCCGCCAGGGCGGUUCAGCGCGCAGCGGCCUGUGUUGUAAGCUAAUGUUGUUAUGUUUCUCGUCGGCGGCGCGCCCAAGGGGGAAGGCAAGGCAGAGGGGGCAGGCCUUCUCAGAAGGCGGUG